GACUACAAACCCUGUCUGCGCGCUCCCGUGAGGCGGCUCAUUGCAGCGGACGCAGAGGACGCAGAGGACGCAGCACCGACAGCACCGACAGACGACAGACCGCAGGGAUGGCAGCCAUCCGUAAGAAGCUGGUGAUAGUGGGGGAUGGAGCUUGUGGCAAGACCUGCCUUCUGAUCGUCUUCAGCAAGGACCAGUUCCCUGAAGUCUACGUCCCCACUGUGUUCGAGAACUACGUAGCCGACAUAGAGGUGGAUGGCAAACAGGUGGAGUUGGCGCUCUGGGAUACUGCGGGUCAAGAGGACUAUGACAGACUGAGACCUCUCUCCUAUCCAGACACCGACGUCAUCCUCAUGUGCUUCUCCAUAGACAGCCCUGACAGCUUGGAAAACAUUCCAGAGAAGUGGACCCCAGAGGUUAAACACUUCUGUCCCAACGUUCCCAUUAUCCUGGUUGGAAACAAGAAAGACCUGCGCAAUGAUGAGCACACACGCCGAGAGCUGGCCAAGAUGAAGCAGGAGCCGGUGAAGGCAGAGGAGGGCCGGGACAUGGCCGGCAGGAUUGCGGCUUUCGGUUACAUGGAGUGCUCUGCUAAGACCAAGGACGGCGUGCGGGAGGUGUUCGAGAUGGCCACCAGGGCGGCGCUGCAGGCCCGCCGCGGGAAGAAGAGCAAUAAAUGUGUCGUGCUGUAAAGCGGCUGACAUAUUUGGACAGUUUUCACCCUGGGCUUCUGCACCCAGCGGAUAGGGCUCGAGAGGGACGGAGGGAUUACUAGAUGGGAGAGGGAGGGAGGGAGGGAGGGAGGGGAAGAAAAACGAGUGCAGUAAAUGACUACCGCUGUAAAUGACUGUUUGUUGGACUGAAUUUACCCUGGGACUUGGGCUGGUGGAGAGGAACGGGUGGGGGGGGGGAUGACUACCGCUGUAAAGCAUUGGGCUUUUUACUGGUUUACCAUCAAGUUGGGACCUUUACACCAGCUAAACGCUGGUUGAUUUUGACUUUUCAUCAAGCCACUUACACUGAUAAAGAUCUGUAGGAGAUCCUGGUCUAGCUGACCCAGUAAAAUUGAUUAAGUUGCUGGUUAAUUAUGGGAUGGUCCAGACUGUGUUCAGUAUGGACAACAACAAAAAGGUUUAUUUUCCUGCCUGGAGGACUUGACAGAUUGAUGGGUGCCAACAGAUGGCACAGUAAAUGAGUAACACUGUAGGGGGCCACAAGUGGACUAAUCCAACCUGGAAGUCGGGCUGGGUUCGGUGUGGAGUUGGACAGGUAAAGGGAUGGAAGACUGAAGCGUGGGUGGGACCAUGAUGAGACUGUAUCCACCAAACCAGGGCCAAACUGUCUGUUUUCAUAUGCUGGGCGGGGAAUUUGAACAUCCCCAAAAGAAGACAAAUCACAAGUAAACUGUUAAUCUAGUGCUGCUCAAAAUGGUGAUUAAACAGGUUUGAUAAACUUACAGUUUAAUGAGUAAAAUAAGGCAUUUUGAAAAGUUUGUCCUCUUUGUGUUUGAUCCACGAUGUUAAACGAGUGGUCAGCUGCUGUCCGGAGCUCGGGUCUUAUGUGGCGGGGAGCUGAAUGUCCAGCUCAGUGCCGUUCGGUCUCUCACUGUGAGCACAGGAUUAUCCUCAGUGACUAACACAUGGAGACCUUCUCUUACUGAACUGCAGCUUGUGCACAGUUUCACUUAAGAGAACAUUUCCCCCGACGCUGUGCAUCAUCACAUGACCUGUACUUCAAGAGGCUCUCAUCGCCGCCUGUAUUUAAAUGUUAAACAUCUUACCAUGAAGUGUUGAGGACAGAGGGAAGUUUACUUACUUCCAGAGGAGCAGCAUUGUGACUCACUCGGCAUCGGAGCUGGACACUAAAAGGACCCGCUUUGAUCAGCUGAUCAUUGACCGUUCUAUAGACCGUAUCAGUGGACGUGGCAGAUUUGAUUGUGGUCCCACUGGAUGACAAAGGUAGUUUUCUGCCCUACAUAGUACAAGCUGACUGGUCCACAUAGCUGACUGCUGGUGCUCGUCUUCCCCUGGUUUUAGACCAGGACAAAGAACAAGGAGAGGAGAGUAUUGUGUUUACAAGCACACCCACACUGAUCUCCUUAUUUGGGAUGAACGACUAUUCUUUUUUUUUUUUUUUUUUUUUUUUUGUGUGUAGGCAUGUUAAAAGGUCAAGUGUACAAUUAUCCAAAAAUAGUAAAUGUUUGAGGAAAAGAAGGUGCCUGGGAUAAAGCAUUGUAUCCGCCAUAUCUACAUGUUUCAUAGGUAAACUCUUGAUACCUACCAUCUGCUUGAAGAGUUCAACCUAAAAAGACAAACAUCACACAUGUGACCCUUUUUUUUUUUUUUUUUUUUUUUAAUCCAGAAAACUGCAUGGAAAUGACAGAAUUGUCAGGUUGGGCUGCUGGAUAGAUUUUGAUCUGCGUCACUAACUAGCAGAAUGAUAAUUAACCACCUGCUGUGUGUCAUUUUCAUUUUGGGGUAUUUUUUUAAAGGUCUUUCCGAUUCCUUAAAUUGCAAAGGUGGCCCGUCAUAUUUGGGAUUUAUCAGCAACCAGCCGGCCCUGACUCUUCUGUGUGUUUCACUGGCAGAUGCCGGCUCUCUUUACAGUGUUGAACCCUCCUGUUCUUCUUCCUGGCCUCCAGGGAGGAGCCUGUUCCAGAAACCUGGUCUUGUGUUGUUGUUUUUAUAUUUUAUUUCCUGCUUUAAAAAAAAAAAAAAAAAAAGUCAUAAAUAUGUUGUCUAUCAGUAUUUAAAAUAGGAGAGGGAAGACUAUGGGACUGCUUAUGUGUCGUCGCUUUAGUUAAUUCUUCUUUUGUGCUUUACCUGAAUCUUUCUGGUGAUUUGCGGUUGGUUGUGAGGACCCGUCAAUCAUCCCUGCCAAAUGCUGUUGUUGGCAGUCAGGAGAAAGGCUGGCCUCUCGGCUGCCUGUCUGGAGCAUCGCCGGCUCUUCUUGUUAUGAACACAAACUUGGCUGAAAAGACAAAAGGAAAAAAAUAAUAAGUCUCCUUAUUAUGUACAAAUCAUUUUUAUUUCUACUUUUAUUGUACUUUUAAAUCCUAAUUUUUUUUGGAUGCUGAAACCGUGAUGUAAACAAAAGGAACAGGAAAACCAAGCUGUAUGCAAAGUCUGUAAAUAUAAAAUGUGGGUUUGUUCAUACUAGACUACACACGCACAGGACUGGAAAAUGUAUUUGUAAACUAGCUUUGGUUUGUGUAAUAAAUUACUUUCUAUAACA